AUGACUGGCGACCAAACCGAAAAGUUCUUUUGCUCCACCAUCUCAGGUGGUAGCUCAAGCAAAGAUUGGCAGUACUUCCUAAGGAGACGGAACAACUACAGACAGGAAACGAAUAUCACAGGCAGGGACACCAGCAUCGAAUUAAUGGAAUGUUGUGAGGAAUCCCUUCGAAGAGACCUCCAUCAUUGUAAUGUCGGAGGAAGACAUAUAAAUCUUCUUUUUUUUUUUUUACUUUUCUCUUCUUUCUUUUCAUUUUACUUUUUCUAUCUUUCCUUUAAUCUCUUUUUCAUUCUUUCUUUCUCUCAUUCCCUUUCUUCCUCUAUCCUUUCUUCUACUCUUUCUUUUUCUCUUUCUAAAAUUUUUCUUGGCUUUCUUUUUAUUUUCUUUCCUUUUUUAGUUUUAUUUUUUCUCAUUUUAAUCUUUCCCAUUCGUAAAGAAUUUUCAUUUUCUUUUUUUGUUUUAUGA